ACGCUGGGAGGGGCUGGACAUGCGCAUUGCGGAGAGGGCGCCAUCGUGAGCAGGUUUGAAUGUGAAGUGCGAAAGAGGAGGCAGAAUAGUACAUAGAUCCACCCGGGAGAGCUGAACAGAUACAGAAGAUCUGCCAGACAUCUGUACAGGACUUUAUCUAUACAUUGAAAUACCACAAGACACUAAAGAACAAUGGAGCUGAGCGAUGCCAAUCUCCAGGGUCUGACCGAAUAUCUCCGGAAGACUCUGGACCCAGAUCCUGCUGUGAGACGUCCUGCUGAAAAGUAUCUGGAGUCCGUAGAAAGCAAUGCCAACUAUCCCCUGCUGCUAUUAACCCUUCUGGAACGUUCCCAGGACACCGUUAUUAAAGUGUGCUCAUCUGUCACUUUCAAAAAUUACAUCAAGAGGAACUGGAGGGUUAUUGAAGAUGAGCCGAAUAAGAUCUGUGAGGCGGACCGUGUCGCUAUUAAAGCCAACAUAGUAAACCUGAUGCUGAGCAGCCCGGAGCAGAUUCAGAAACAGCUCAGUGACGCCAUCAGUAUCAUUGGGCGAGAGGACUUCCCUCAGAAAUGGCCGGAUCUACUGAUGGAAAUGGUCAAUCGCUUCCAGAGUGGAGAUUUUCACGUGAUUAAUGGCGUCCUUCACACCGCUCACUCAUUAUUCAAGAGGUAUCGUCAUGAGUUUAAAUCCAGCGAGCUGUGGACUGAGAUUAAGCUGGUGCUGGAUACCUUUGCUGCUCCCCUCACCAACCUCUUCCAGGCAACCAUCGGUCUGUGUAAUACUCGUGCCAGUGAUGUGGCUGCCUUAAAGGUUCUUUUCUCCUCGUUGAUUCUGAUUGCCAAACUCUUCUACAGCUUAAACUUCCAGGAUCUUCCAGAGUACUUUGAAGAUAACAUGGAGACCUGGAUGACCAACUUUCACAGUCUGCUAACUCUGGACAACAAGCUGCUGCAGACAGAUGAUGAGGAGGAGGCGGGACUGCUGGAGUUACUUAAAUCGCAAAUCUGUGACAACGCCGCUUUGUACGCCCAGAAAUAUGACGAAGAGUUCCAGCCUUACCUACCACGCUUCGUUACUGCGAUAUGGAACCUCCUGGUGACUACCGGACAGGAAGUGAAAUACGACUUGUUGGUGAGCAACGCCAUCCAGUUCCUGGCAUCUGUAUGUGAGCGGCCGCACUACAAGGUCCUGUUUGAGGACCCCAGCACCCUGACCAGUAUCUGCGAGAAGGUUAUCGUCCCCAAUAUGGAGUUCAGAGCUGCUGAUGAGGAAGCAUUUGAAGACAAUUCAGAGGAAUACAUCCGGAGGGAUCUGGAGGGAUCCGAUAUCGAUACCAGGCGGCGAGCUGCUUGUGAUCUGGUGCGUGGCCUGUGCAAGUUUUUUGAGGGACCCGUUACCAACAUCUUCUCCUGUUACGUCAACUCUAUGCUUCAGGAGUACGCUAAAAACCCCAGCAUCAACUGGAAACACAAAGAUGCCGCCAUCUACCUGGUGACGUCGCUGGCGUCCAAAGCCCAGACUCAGAAGCACGGGAUCACACAAGCAAACGAACUUGUCAACCUUACGGAGUUCUUUGUGAAUCACAUUCUUCCUGAUCUGAAGUCUUUGAACAUCAAUGAAUACCCCGUACUGAAGGCAGAUGGGAUCAAAUAUAUCAUGAUUUUCAGGAAUCAGGUACCUAAAGAUCAAGUAUUGGCAGCCCUUCCCCUCCUGAUUUCCCACCUGCAAGCGGAGAGCGUUGUGGUUCACACGUAUGCAGCGCACGCCCUGGAGAGGCUCUUUACUAUGAGAGGAGGAUCCGCCAACACCACCCUAAUCACUGUAGCUGACAUGUUGCCAUAUGUGGAGGGGCUCCUCUCCAAUCUGUUCAAAGCUCUGUCAUUACCCGGCUCCUCGGAGAACGAGUACAUCAUGAAAGCAAUCAUGAGAAGCUUCUCGCUGCUGCAGGAGGCCAUCAUCCCCUUUAUCCCUUCUGUCAUCACUCAGCUCACACAGAAGCUGCUGGCUGUCAGUAAGAAUCCCAGCAAGCCUCACUUCAAUCACUACCUGUUUGAAUCCAUCUGCCUGUCUGUGCGCAUCACCUGCCGAUCCAACCCCGGCACUGUGAGCAGCUUCGAAGAGGCCCUGUUCCUGGUCUUCACUGAGAUCCUGCAGAGCGAUGUACAAGAGUUUAUGCCGUAUGUCUUUCAAGUCAUGUCACUGCUCCUGGAGAUGCACAAAGAUGAAAUUCCCAACUCCUACAUGGCGCUCUUCCCGCACCUCCUGCAACCUGUUCUGUGGGAGAGGACGGGUAACAUCCCGCCUCUCGUCCGCCUCCUUCAAGCUUACCUGGAAAGAGGAUCCAACACCAUAGCAGCCAGCGCAGGCGAUAAGAUUCCCGGCCUUCUUGGAGUCUUCCAGAAACUCAUCGCCUCCAAAGCCAAUGAUCACCAGGGCUUUUAUUUGCUGAACAGUAUCAUCGAGCACUUACCUCCGGCGUGUUUGGAGCAGUAUAAGAGACAAGUCUUCAUCGUACUCUUCCAGAGGUUGCAGAGCUCCAAAACCACAAAGUUUGUGAAAAGCUUUUUAGUGUUUUUAAACCUGUAUUGUGUGAAAUACGGAGCCAUCGCCCUGCAGGAAAUGGUGGACAGUAUCCAACCCAAGAUGUUUGGCAUGGUGGUGGAGAAGAUUAUUAUCCCCGAAAUCCAGAAAGUAUCGGGCCCCAUAGAGAAGAAGAUUUGUGCUGUUGGGAUUACAAAAGUCCUGACGGAAUGUCCCCCCAUGAUGGACACGGAGUACACAAAGCUCUGGACGCCUCUUCUCCAGGCUCUGAUUGGCCUGUUUGAGUUGCCUGAAGAUGACACCAUUCCAGAUGAUGAACAUUUCAUCGACAUAGAGGACACUCCCGGCUACCAGACCGCCUUCUCCCAACUGGCGUUUGCAGGCAGGAAAGAACACGAUCCAAUCGGAGAAAUGGUUAAUAAUCCCAAGAUCCUCCUGGCACAGUCUCUUCACAAGCUGUCCACGGCAUGUCCCGGGCGGGUCCCUUCGAUGAUUAGCACAAGUUUGAACGCUGACGCUCUCCAGUACCUUCAGGGCUACCUGCAGGCGGCCAGUGUUACCCUAGUCUGAUGGCCUUGUCACUGGUUUGUAUGAGGAGCCAGGCGCGGACAGUCGGGGACUUCAGAUGCGGUCAUGCUGUUACUGUAGUGAUGAGCAUGAAUGAAUUGGACAUGUUCCCAAGACAUAGCCGUUAAUUUAUUGUACAGUUUAACCAUUCGAGUCUCUUUUUUUUUUUCCCUCAUUUGCUGCACUUAUUAACAAAACACUUAUAAUGUCUGACCCUGUCCCAGGGUGCCGAAACUUUUCUAUUUUCAGUCUAUGUUUGUGUUAUAUUUUUUUUUUUUUUCUUCUCUGAACUGUGAAUAAAUGAGAAGCAUUUGCUUAAA